AUGUCUGACGCACUAUGCGGACCAUCGAACCCGCUACAGCAGUUCAGCAAACAGACACAAUAUGACCGGACACUCCAGCAAGACCGGCUCACAUCUCGCCAUGCUCCAGCACAGGGCUUCCGUUCAGCAGAUCCCAAUGCUGGCCUGCUAGAUCCCGAGUUCGAGGCAUUCCAAGCUGGUCUGCCACCAUCCGAACUGCCUGAUCUUCCCAGAUUCCACCCGCAAUCUUUUGGUCCAGCUGGACCCGCUCAAGCCCCGUCAUGGGCCUCCGACUUCCAGAGGAUGCAGAUAUCCUCUCCUCCGCCCUUCCAGCAACAUCAGCAGUAUGUGCCCCAGUCUAGCCAUGCUGGCAAUGACUGGGCGCAAGGCUUUCGACAGCAUAUUGCUCAAACAACGCCUCGAACUCAGAAUGCUGCUCCGUCACCGCAGGCGUUCCAGUAUAUGGCUAGACAUGGCAUGAACGGCUACCAGAAUAACUUUUCGCAACCGAGCUUUGCCCAGCCUAUGCAGUCGAAAGGGAAGCAGGCUGUCACCGAGCAAUUCGACGAGGCGGCAUUCGAGCAGGCAUUCGAUCAGGCGAGAGACGCUCUCAUGGCAGGCGAGCAGCGACAAGAGGAGGCUGGAAAUGCUGAGGAGUCGGCGUAUGUUAGUGGGGCUUCGACUGGCGAUCUAGAUCAACUCGAAAUGUUCAAACAAAGUGCUGAAGCGAACGUCGCUGAGGCUGUGGCCACGGGAGAGAUUCACCAACAUGGUCACGAGGACGACUUUCAAAGGCUGGAGCCAAUGGAGGAGCAACAUGCCCAUCCUGAAGACCAGCAAAUGGAGGACUCGAGGCAUCAGAACGACGACGAUGCAUUAGCCCAGACCGCACAAGAGCUUUUGGAGAAAGUCGAACACAACAAGACUGCCAAAUUUCGCAACUCGCAAUUCCUGGGUCUGAUGCGGAGGCUGCGCGAUCGGGAGAUCAAGGUUGAAGGUGACAAAAUGGUCGAAACUGUGCGUCCGCCCCUCAGCAAGCAUGUUUCACCCCCAGCAUCCGCACCUGAUAGCGCAUAUGGCUCCGGCACUGCUACCCCUGACCUACUCAAUGCCGAUGGCUUCGCUACUGCCUCUGAUGCGGCGGCGGCGAACAAGACUGUGCACUUCGACAACAGCGAGCAGACGCCGCAUAUCCAAUCAGUCAACGCUGCUCCCUACGACUACGGCCAGACGAUUCCUCCCCACGAGCAAGACCACGACUCGCAUCGCUAUCCCAUCGACCUGCGUGACGGCCAAGAAGUCGUUGAUCUCCUCAACCAGCCAUCGGCGAACGACGGAGGAAACUCGACAAACGAUAUAGGUACGUCCACCGCCUCCUCCGCCCAUGACUCCUUUCCCGCGGGCAUCUUUUACGGCGACUUGCGACAGCGUGGAUGGUCUGAGAUGAAGACAGAUCGUGGUGCGUCGCCGCCGCGGCCUACUGAUGGCGGCAAGUGGGAGCGCUGGGACUCGCCUACGCCGGGUCGUGUGGGUGGACAGCCGGCGCCGGGGAUGCACUGA